UCAUCGUAGUAUUCCCAAUUCAUGGCCAUGGGUUGGUGUCGCCCUUGCUCGUAAUGUAGCAGACCUUCGGGCUAAGGGCCCAGGUUUUCAGCACGACGGCUGACAAGGUUUUCACGGUGCUUGAUGUGCUCCAAGAAGGCCACUGAUCAUGAAUGCCCGUGCCUGGAAACUUUGCCAGUGAAGCAGCCGGCAACACAUUUUCCUGUACCAAGGGUAGCCGGCAGUGUACAAUUUUACGCCCCAGCCGGCAUGGCGACUCACCCAGGCACCAGCGACACACCCCUUUCAAGCACAAAACAUGGGUGCUCGAGAGGUGCGGCUGCCGAGUCUUCGGGAAACGUUUGGCUCCAAUGGCCAAGGUCGUCGGCAGCGCCGGCCUGCAAUCAGAUGCUGUCCGCGGUCGAGGCCACACAAAGGGAAGGCAACCCUCAAACCAAGGCCCACACUUUGGUUGCCGGUGAUGCUGUUGCGUUUGGCAAGAUUUUUUGUCGGCCGUGGCGAUAUCAGCCGAUUGUCGUGAAUACAGUCAGCCACGAGUUUUGGAAUGGAGCCCUGAACCCCCCUCCUGAGAACCAACCAACCCAACAGCGAACUGCAGAAAGCCAAGCUGCAGCCCUUGAACAUCGACGAUGUGAUAUGGUGUGGCCCACCGAACAACUCGAUAGAUACAGAAGCACUUCCGCGCUGCAGCGUGGGGGAAAUGCUGGGCCAUGUCCCUAAAGCCCGAGUGUGGUUGCCACAUCUUAGCCAAUCAGUCUGGGUCCUUUGCGACCGUGAAGUGCUGCACAACAUCUGCUUCACGGAGCCUGGGUAACGUGCAUCCCCAGAGCCGCGCAAUGCUGGUCGAUGGCACCAGAUAUUUUUGACUGCUGGCCAGGCGGCCAGGCCGCAUGGUUGAUGCUGGGCAUGAGGACCUAGAGGUUGCAGCUGAAUUAAGUUGCGGCCCGGAGCCUUUGGGAUUUCUAUUCACCGUUGAUGGCAUGAUUGUGACUGUGGACAAAGGCAGUUGGGCAGAGAGGCAUGGCGUUCAAGUGGGUGACCAGAUCCUUGCCAUCAGCGGCUUUUCGAUGGAGAAGUUCCUACAAAAAAAUCCCACCGCGCGAAGUCGCAUGUCCUUAAUGGGGCCCCAACGCGUGGUCCUUCGACUCAAAGCUGAAAAGGGCCAUGUCAAAGAAGCCAUCCGAACGGUUCAGUCGAAGCCGAUCACCCACCAGCGUGCCGAUUUUAGGCGUGCUUUGCAGGAAGAAUCUCAACGUUUUUCCUUCCGUGAGGCCUUGCAAAAGGAACUGUUGCAUUGGCGGCCGCGCGACACCUGGCCGUUCCCAGGGUUGGCUGCAAGCUCUGUGGAUGCCGUUGUGGAAGUCAACCAGUUGUGCUUCGGCCAUGACGAGAGCACGCAGAGCGGCCGGCGGCCGGCCCGCAUUAAGGAGAUGGAGGCAGCUGCCCGAAAGUUGCAAUCCCUGUUUCGAUGGCGGAAGUUGUGGCAGCAGCUCGACACAAGCCAAGAACGUGCCGAGGCAGCGACAAAGAUUCAAUCAAUGCAGCGUGGAAGGCAGAUCCGAAGAGGUGUUGCAGCGCAAUUCGCAGCUUUCCACGAGGAUCACACCAAGUCUGACACGAGCAUGGUCGGUUCCGAAGGAAGCGAGGGUCAAGCUGACCACGUUGGUGCUGAUUUGCCUCGGACGCUGGGUGAUGUUGCUGAGCCGCCCGCCCAGCACAACAAGCCCCGGGCAGAAGAACCCGAGGUUACAGCUCGAGGAGUGGACUUGAAGAAGUCGACAUCAAGCGAAGAACCUGUGGAAGUCCAACGUGGUGGACAUUCAGUUGUGGAGCAGGAAGUGCCCAGAGUGCAACUGCACAGAGCUUCUGGAGCUUCUGCGGCUCCAGAACCACGAGCACCGAAGGUGACGAACUUCUUUGACGCUCCAGAUCCUGUGUUGGAAGCUGCUGCGACUCGCAUUCAAGCCGCGGAACGGGGCCGGCAAAGCAGGAAGAAGCGCCCAGCACCCUCGUUUUCGGCCGGGCCCAUCUCGCCGACUGGGCCAGCGGCUGAGGAGACCGCGGAGGGCCAAUGGAAUUCGGUUCCACCACUGACGGUGGAGGAGUCCACUGACUGGCUGGGAUCACCGGAAAGUGCUUCCUGGAAUGGGGAGGAGCAAGAAAGGGGUCAUCAACCCAUCGACGCGAUGACGAGCCCGGACGACACUGGGGAGAUCGUCGACACGAGCUCAGUCAAGAAGGACGAUGAACCUGGAAAAGACCACAUUUUCCAAGUCCGCACUGAAGUGGCGCCAGCUGACCCAAGUCUUCAGCCUGCAACUGAAAGUGACUCUUUCAAGAUUGAGCCUGUGAAAUUCGACCAAGCCAAGAGCACCGCCGUCCAACCAGAAUCGUUGCAAAGCCCACGACGGCAAACCAGCCAGGGCAGCGAUGAGGCUCCAAUCAAUACCAUGGACUUCCUCUCCGAGGAGGCAGCAGUGGCUGUGCCACAGCAGCGCCUUCAACUGCCCAAACCCAAAAAAUCACCCAGGCAGCGCCCCGACAGGAUCGGACCAAUCAUCCCCAAGCCGCAGCCGAAAGCUCCAACAACUCCAGCGUCUGACUCAAGCGCGUGGCUCAUCGACUUAUCCAGCUCCGGGGAGCUCCAAGACCCCGCGAAAGGGGCCGCCGCCGAUGCUCUCGGCCCGUCUCCGCGCGGGCGAGUGCAGCCUCAGGGCUUUCGAAUUCCGAAGGAAAAAGAAAAAGAGAAAGAGAGUGACUCGAAGAGAAAGAAAAAGAAGAAGGACCGCAAGGACCGCAAGGACGAGGAAGUGGAUCUGGACAGCUUUGGAUUCCAACUUUUCUGAUUGGUGCCCGUCUCACAUGUACAUAGUGGAGCGAGAGAGUCAAGCCCGCACAGCGAGAGAG